CCACCCACACAACCUCACCAGCCCCCUACAAGACGACACACCACAGCCGCUGGCCCUAGCUUCACCAUCCCAAUAAAUGCCCAGAAGUCAGCACCAAAAUACCAGUGAACUGUACCCUAUGAGAAAACCCCAAACAAAAAACAAUCGUCAAGGUACCAACUACAAUAAUUCACAUAUAUAAAAACAUUCGCUAAUUACAAUAUAUCUUAAACACAAAAAAGUAAAUUACGAUCUACAUUAAUACUUUCAAAAACAUUACAUAAACGAAUUAUUAACACUAACCCAGUUUACAACAUAUGGUACAGUUCAGGAAAGUCAACUGGUGAAACGACGCGACAAAAUGGACUGGAUGGCAGAGACAGGGACUUGACUCGCCAUCUAGCCAGCCAGUGGCAUGACGGAUUUGCUCUGACGUCAUUCAGGUAGUGACCAAUCGGAGCUAGUCUGCUGCCCCAGCCUCCUCGUGUAGCGGCGUGUGUUGGGCGCGCCAGUGGGACUCACAGACUGUAUAAAUGCGGUUGCACCACAUUGCUCCUCAGUUCACACACAAGCAGCAAGGAGGAUACACAUCUCUUGCAAAUAACUUGUGCUUCAUUCAGCAUUCAUUCGAAGUUUUAACUAAAGACUAAUAGAAAGAAAUAUAAGUUUCUGUUAAUCAAAGCAACAGUGAUUGUGAGGACAUUAUUUCCCCAAGUUUAAUAACAGUACCUGAGACGGAACUUUCCACGUGCCUCACUUGAGCAGCACUGUAGGAGUGACAAGCACUGCGCAUCAUACCUCAAGACAAGAAAUAGUUCUUGUGACUCUUGCCUUCCAAGUCCUUAAGCCAACAAUGUGUUUCACCAACAUGGAAGGACCUCAAGUGGAAAUCUCUGGGUUAGCAACCCUGUGUUUUGACGAGGCGGGGACCUGGUUCCAAGGUUCCAUUGCUGCCGAGGAUGAUACUCAGUACGUCAUCUACGGCACCAAGUCUAAACGACUCAGCCAGGGUCAACCCAGCGCAGCUGGGUGCGAGUGUGGGAGCUACGAUGACGGGCCGGGGGUUCCUGUGACCUUUGAUAUUCGCGUGAUGGACUGUGAGGUUGGGGAGGAAUACUCCCUAAAGCGCGUUCACGGCAGGAACGGUGAAUUGUGCACCUUCGCCUGCGCCUCCGUCACCUUCACCACGGACAAGGUGUACCGGGGCCAGAAGGCAGACAUGAUCGCCCAGCGGUGUCUGGGUCACAAGAUGACGGGUCGCCGUAACCACGUGUACCGGGGACCCAUCAAGAUCAGAUGUGUGGCUGUGAGUCGCAAUGCACACUGGGUGCUGUGAGCCACACCCACUGCGGGUGACCACGCCCACGCAGGGGACCAAACACAAGAGGCCGUUGCUCACUGGUAGGCACCCGGUGGAUCUGGCGUUGCAUGCAUCAUCGAGGCGACUUCGGUGCAGGUGGUUGUCAGCAACCAAUGAGAUGGAGAAGUUGGUCGUGUAAACUCCACUGACCAACCCGUCUUUCCAUCCCCCGCGGCCUGCAUUUCCAUUCCCGACACGUCAGCAGCUUGUAGGGGGAUGCCAGUGUACGCGAGGCUCGCCAGCCUGCAGUGUCAAGGCGAAUUCUCUAGGGAGCAACUCCAAUGCUGAUACUGGAGUAAACAUCCGCAAAAGAUGGCUAACCUUAUCUUGCUGAAAAAUAUUCCCAGAGCAUAAAGGUAUAAUAUACCUACAGCAUCAGGGAUAUUCUGUAGCCUCAAGGGAUACUCAGUCUGCAGCCUCAAGGGAUACUCAGUCUGCAGCCUCAAGGGAUACUCAGUCUGCAGCCUCAAGGGAUACUCAGUCUGCAGCCUCAAGGGAUACUCAGUCUGCAGCCUCAAGGGAUACUCGGUCUGUAGCCUCAAGGGAUACUCGGUCUGUAGCCUCGAGGGAUACUCAGUCUGCAGCCCCAAAAGAUACAUAGCCCACAGCUUCAAGAGACACAGCCUGUAUCUUCAUGGGAUACAUUAAGUUGAGUCCACCCUGAAGUAUCAAGGGUGAAUAUAAUGUUCAGACCAAAAUGUCUGUUGUCUUGACCCCAUCCACAUAAUAUACUCUGUACGUUAGACUGUACAUUAGACAAGUCUCAUUCUUCCAUCACUCAACACUACUGUCGUCUUGGUUGUCCUACUGGCCUCUUGCAGUACAGCUCGGUGGUAUUUAUAUGUGACGAGUGAUAAGAUUACUUGUAGGUUUUGGAAGAUGAAAAUACAGUCAGUGGUUGGUGGAAUCUUUGUAAAUAAAUUUCGUACAAGAGUAUAUUAACUAAUAAAAACAUAUAAUAUCCAUGUAUAAUUACAUUCUGUACUUUUAUACUACUGUGAUGGUUAAGUGGUUCACAGUAGGCUUUCUGAUAUGUAAACAUAUCCAUGUUAGUCUUAAUCCAAACCUUUAGCUGUAAAGGUUAGUGAGUCUGUUACCACGAGGGACCAAUACAGUAUUAAGGUUUAUGACAUUCUCAAUGUAUAUAAUACUCAAAACAAAGUUGCUUAUUGUAGCCGCGCAGGGGUGUCAAACUCAUGGCUCGCGGGAUGACGGUAAAAUUUAUCAGUCCGUGAAAUUUGAUAGAAAUAGAUAUGAAGGAAAAAACACAGAUAAAUGAUUGAGUCAGUAAAUUCCGAAGUGGUCUUUACAUCAUUGUGGCAAUAACUGAAUUUAAGUUGAGCUCUUAAGUUUCAAAACAAAUGGAAUUCUAUAAUAAAUUGUAGCCGCAAGUAAUGCAUAUAUAUGCCUUUUGCUAUCCUAUUAUUAGCAUUAAUCAUGUUUAUUAAGUAAAAUAAUUUUACAUACUUAAGAUGAGUACAAACCCAAAUGAGGUAUUCCUGGUAAGGCAAUGUGUGAAGCUAUUAACUUCAAUCCUGCAAAUAUGUGAUAUAGCACUUGUGUUGGCCGAGAAGAGGGUAACUAAAAUAAGAAUUGGCCCUCGAAAGGUUUUGAGUUUGACACUUUUAGGUGAGCUGAAUCUUCUUCCAUAUUAAAUACUAUUAAGAUAAA